AUGUCAGAAAGAGGUGCAAGAGGAUCAAGUCGAGGCGGUGGUGACAGAGGCCGUGGCAGCGGACGAGGCGGUCGAGGUGGUGGCCGAGGUGGUAGCCAGGCUGGCCAAGAAAAACCAAAGAAAGAAUCUAUCCUCGAUUUAAGCAAAUACCAAGACAAAGAGAUUCGCGUAAAGUUUAGCGGCGGUAGAGAAGUGGUUGGUACCCUGAAAGGUUACGAUCCUCUUCUCAACCUCGUUCUGGAUAAUACCACUGAGCAUAUUAAGGACUUGGAAACCGAUCAGUAUACAAGCCAGAAGCGAACCCUAGGUCUUUCAGUUUUGAGAGGCACAGCCAUCAUUCUUAUUUCUCCAGUUGAUGGGUCUGAAGAGAUCGAGAAUCCGUUCUUAGCAGCAGAAUAG